AUGGCGGGCGGCAAGAAGAAGGUGGCCAGCAUGGUCUACUACGACCUCAUGGGCAUCGAGGCGGACGCCACGCCCGAGCAGAUCAAGAAGGCCUACCGCAGGAAGGCGCUGCAGCUGCACCCGGACAAGCGCGGCAACACGCCCGAGUCGCAGGAGGAGUUUACGCGCAUGAAGCAGGCGUACGACGUUCUCUCGGACCCGCAGAAGCGCGAGGUCUAUGACCAAGUGGGUGAAGACGGUAUUAAGCUUAUGGAGGACUAUGGCAACAUGAGUCCGGAGGAGAUGUCGAUCCUGCUAUUCCGCUCCAUGGGCGCGUUCGGCGCCAGGGGCAAGUGCUUGCUGAUUUUGCUGGUGUCGCUGCUGUUCGGCUUCUUCCUGCUCAUUCCCAUCUUCUGGUGUCUCCGCGCGGACUCCACCAUAUCAUGGAACUGGGCCGUGGUCUGCAUCCCUCUCUGGAUCGUGGACACCAUUUAUUACUGCUGUCUGGGCUGCAUAUACGCGUCCUCGGACGCUGGAGUGGACCCGGAGGACAAGUCCCACGAAAAGCCGCCCCUGUACAAGCUCUACGCGUUCCUCAAGGCGCUGCUGCUGCUGGUGCUGCAGAUUUUCCUGGCCUUGAAGCUCAACGGAGACCUCAGCUGGACGCUCGUGGAGGUUUUGAUCCCGUACUUCGUGUACGACGGGCUCAACCUGCUCGAGGGUCUGGCGGCUGGAGUUUUGGGCUACAACAUGCUCACCAAGAACAGCGAAGGAGCGGGCAUGACUCAGACCGAGGACAUCAAGAAGGCGCGCUCGGCGCUGGUGUUCGCAGUGGCGCGGAAACUGAUCUUGAACCUCGCGCGGAUCGCCCAGGGAGUGCUGUUAGGCCUCAAGGUGGACGGCAGCUUGGGAGACGCCAGCUGGUGGGUCGUGUUCGUCCCCGUGUGGCUCUACGUCGCCUUCUUCGUGUCGUUCCCGGUCCGGAAGUACUUCCGCGCGAAGGCCAAGGCCAAGGAGCCCAAGGCCAAGUCCCCCACUCAGCAGCACACGCACGACGCUUACACGCGCGAGUCCGUGACGGAGGACGAGGAGGAGGAGGAGCUGUCCAAGUUCCCGGCGCUGGAUGCUCUGUGCACGAUCCUGGUCAUCUGCGCGCUCAUGUCGCCGUUUUUCAUCCUGUCGGCGAGACUGCAGGACGGAUCGUUCUCCAGUAUUUACGUGUUGCUGCCGUGGCUCAUUGUGGUCGGGCUCGUAUUUUGCUUUAUUUGCUGCGCAAUCUCGUGCGUCAGCUUCCAUGACCCGGAGGACGCUGGCGUACCGGAGGACGAGGCUGCUGCUGCUGCGGAGAGCGGCGUCCGGAGCACGCCGUCGGCUGAAGAAGGUGCGACUGCGCGUUCCGAUUACUUGGCGGGCGCAGAGGCCGCGAUGCCUGGUUAG